AUGGACGUUCACCCGUUUCUCGAGCGUUUCAUCACGCAGUCCGCCGCAGCGCCUGAGGAGCUAGACUUGCUCGCUGUGCGGCAGGGUCGUGCGAUGGCACCGCUUAUUCUUUCUGGAGAGGCUGGCUGCUGGGCCAAUGAAACUAUUCCAGAUGGAAAGGAUGGCUGCUUGAGGCGCUUCGAGGAUUCCAAGAAAAAGCUUUGGAAGUAUGCUGCCGCGCAUCCAGAGCAUCGCCUUAGUACCUCCUUCGGCUCGAGCUUGAUGUCCUCGAUCAACGCAGGCGUCACGGUUGCACGAGUGUGGGCGUACAGGGAGCUGAUAGAGGGGAUAGCGACUUUUAAGAAAAAACGGACCCCUAUCGGGGCCACCAAGGGCGCUUCCAUCUGGCAUUGUGAUCAAUCCGCAUUGAUUUCGCUCUAUUUGGAUCUGUUGGAGUGGGAAGUGGAUCAGGACCUCUUCACAAUGCCUGUGCAUGAUCAGCGUGUGGCGCGGUCCUCUUACGGGAUGCGCCCAGGUCUUUUGGGGUUGGACUACUACGCUGAGGUGAGUGCAACAUUGGUAUUUAUCGACCAGGUCUGUCAUUUGCACGACGAGCUCUGGGCCGAGUACCUCCCAUCCGGUGGGCCAGAGUACCGGCACUCGCAUAGCUUAACUAACGCCAGGGGCUAUGCGCAGUUCGUGGGGAAGCUUUAUAAGCGAGCGUAUGCUGCACACGGCGAGAACAUCUACACGAAGCUGGCGGUUCCCAGACGCGAUAAAAUACGCGGUACUUUCUGUAUGAAUCACAUCCUCCUCACACCACCUUUAUUAGCGCACAAGUUGGUUCUCAACGACACAGAUCAAAACAUAGGACGCCGCGUUUUUCCAUUGAUAGCUCACUUUGCGGGCUCCAAGGAUAAGAAAGCGUAUGAGAUGGGAAUCGGUUCGACGUAUAUGAGGUGGUUCCUACCGAUGAUAUACAACUCAGAUGCGAGGCGUUGUGCUAUGAAGUAUCUGUUUUCAUGUGAUUUCUUCUGUCAACGCGUAACUCCAUUAUUUGAGAUGCCUACUAAGCCAAGCAAAGAUUUUAAUUCGAAAAACUCAUAG